AUGAAUGGGAAUUUAUUGCUGGAGGACUGUAAUCCAGAGUCAGAUUUCCAGGACUGGUCUUGGCAAGGUGAUUCUUUGAUGAAUCACGGUACGCAGAGCUGCCUCUCCGUGGUUGGGGCCAACAGAGUGCAAACAAGUCUCUGCGGCAGCGUGGACUACACAAGCUGGGACUGCUUGAAAUCGGUGCUCUCUCCUCUGGGCAGCAGCCAGGGCUUCCUGGUGGCAAACAGGAAAGGAGUCGCUCUCAAUAAUGUGAGAGGCCUCAGGGCCCAGUGGCAAGAUGCUGCAGACAAGAGCGUGUGCGAGGAGAAAGCAGCUGAGGCAGAGCAAGACAGGUACUUCCCUGCAGCCCUUGCUAGCACACGCAUGUAUGACCACACGGCAGGCAACGUGACCCUUGCGCUGGGUAUAGAUCAAGAAGAGCUGGAGGAGCUGCUCUGGUUCUUCCGCAGAGAAGACCCAUCAACGUGGAAUUACUCCAUCCUUGCACUUUCCUUUGUGUCCAUGAUUUUGGGUCUUCUCCUCCUGGCCAUUAACGUUGUGCGAAACAGGCAAAGGAAGAUCCACAUGUACAGAGAAGGAGUGCAAACCACCCAGCAGGCUGAGCUGGAAGCCAAGCAAGCCCUGAUGCCUGUGCAGGAAUACAGCCCGGCCGAACCGCAAAAGCAGGAGCUGGUGCCCCAGGAUCAGCGAUCCGGAGAAGUGGUGGUCCAGUGGAAGGACGGGACCGUCACGUCUCUGUACACAGAGGCAUCUGAGCAUGCCAUAUAA